AUGGGCCGGCUUAAGGUCACAGAUGCCAGCCUGACACCUGUGGUUGUCAGUCAAAUCUACCCACGCAAUGUACCGACUUUGAAAAGCCUCAGCAUAGGGGGUGAUGCACCCACAAAGGAAAUACUCUCGAGAUGGUCUAGCCAGGUCCGACUUAACAACGUAUACGGGACCACAGAGACAGGCGUCUGGGACACGGUCAGGUCUUAUAUGAGCCCACAUGACCAUCCCAAACAUAUCGGAAAAGGUAUCGGAGUCACCUGCUGGAUUGUCGAUCCGUCCAAUGUGCAGAAACUAAGGCCCGUCGGGCUCAAAGGCGAAUUGCUCAUUCAAUGCCCUUACCUGGGACAGGGCUAUCUGAACUAG